UCUAUUUAUACUUGGCCUAACCCGAAUAUUGGGCAAAGUCGAGUCGGAAGCAUCUACUUACAUACACGAUUCUGAUAAUUCAUGGGACAAACAAAUAGGAGCAUUCUAUUGUCUUUAGAACAGGUGUACGUUUUGUUUUUGGUCGAAUGUAUGUAAGGUUUAUAAGCGCCAUGAGUUAGAUAGACCUCGAUCGGACAAGGUCACCGGCAUCAUUUCUUUAUUUAUUUCGCUGAUGAUACGUUUCCAAAAUGAACGAUAGAAAUGGAUGGAGUGAAACUGCAAUUAACGGAACACAUGCCAUGGGACGAGAUGAAAAAAAAAAGGUCGACGAGGAAGCUUCGCCAAGCGAAUCCCUCUGUACUGGCUUCCGAGGAUAUAACAUAGUAACAACACUUUCGACAUUCAUGUCUCUAUUCAUCAUUGGUGGCGUCAGUUUUACCAUUGGGAUAUACGUCGUCGAGUUCAGAGAGGAAUUUAAGGGCAGCAGCGGUAUGACGUCAUUUGUUGGAUCCAUCCACUAUGCCACAUUCCAUUUUGUCGCUCCCUUCUCCAGCUACCUCACACAUCGUAUCGGGUUUCGGAGCACUAUUAUGAUCGGUGGUGUUGUCACCUCAAUGGGACUUUUUGCCACAGCUUUUGCGACAUCUUUCUCCCACGUCAUAGUAACAUUUUCGAUAAUAACAGGAACAGGAAUUGGGAUUUUCUUCGUGCCUGGUCUUACCAUUGUGUCUUACAUAGAGGAAGGUCGGACGCUCUUCAACGGAAUCGCAGCCUCUGGAGUUGGUGCCGGUAUCUUUGUCAUGUCCAAUGUGAUCCCAUUUAUAAUCGAUGCAUUCAAUUGGCGCGGAUCAAUGUUCAUAUUGGCGGGCUUUGCUCUUCAUAUCUGUGUCGCGGGCGCCCUGAUUCACGAACCUGCUUCAAUCAAAAGAUUAAAACGUCAGGAAAAGGAUGUAGAGGAAGAAUCACGAACAAUUGCAGUAAAACUGGGCUUUGACCUAUACAAGAAUUUAAGUUUAGUCCUUUUUUGCAUUCACUACAUGGCGUACAUGGCUGGUGUUUCUCUAAUAUAUAUCCAUCUUACAGCGAUGGCCAAGACGCUUACUAAAACGGACGAGGCGGCGACUCUCCCAGUGUCACUAAUGGGCCUUGCGCAGAUAUUCGGCAGGAUUAUAUCAGGGCUGAUCGGACAAAGUCGGCACGUUGACACGUUCCUGUUCUAUUGGAUCUGCAGUUUCUCAGCUGGAUUGGCGGCCAUCGUGUUUCCGUUCUUGCCGUCCUAUACAAGUCUGAUAAUAGGGAGUGUGUUUCACUCUUUGUUGUCGUCUCCUGCCAACUCUAUUUAUCAAAUAGUUAUGCUGUACUUCGUCGACAUUCCUCAACUCACCAUAGCUUUCACGCACCUAACAGUACAGAUUGGCCUCGGAAUGAUGAUUGGGGCGCCGCUAGCAGGAUGGGUGUACGACAUUACCGGUGACUAUGGCAAUUCCUUCUACCUCGGGGGCGCUAUCAUCGCAUCCGGGAGCCUCCUGCUCACGUGGCCUUACAUCAAACACAGACGACAACGCUCCCUACCGGAAAAUGUGGAGCUAGCAAAAAGAACGCUGAGCUUUAGCAGUAUGUUUGGGAGUCAAGUUGUUGUCGCAAGUAAAUCAGAAAGAAAGGAUACCAGGAGGUAUAAGCAAGUUGAUCAAAAAGAAGAUAUUGGAUGACAUUCUUCAUACCGAGGUUAAAGCAGGUCAAUCUCACAAUGUACACUAAAAUGUCAACCCAGCCAUACACUAAAACGUCAACCCAGCCACAAGUUACCAAAUUUCAAUUUAGCUAUAAGCUAAAGCAAAUCAGACUUCACAAUCAAUUGCACGGUAAUUCGAAGACAUCAUUAUGAAAUCAAAAAGGUGUACCGAAAGGUUCAUCAUGGCAAUCUCGAACCAUUCGCAUUCGCAGACACGAACGUCUUUAAAAAUAGUUCUAUUUGCGACGCCAGAUGGAAGCAUAAUACAAUUCAAUCGUGACAUAUCAGAUACCGGUAGGUUUAUUACCGCCUUAUAAAAUGCAUUUCUUACAAAGGAGGAUGCAUUGAACUGGUGCAUGUUUCAAAAAGGAAAGGUAAAAUAGAUAGUGAUGAUCCUGAGAAUAUGUGGCAAAAAGGACAGCGAAUGAUCCUGAACACAUGCUGCAAAAAGUACAGUUGCAAAAUGUAGUGAAUUAUCCUGAGCACGUUGUAAAAAGGAUGGUUACAAAAGCUAGUGUAUAGUGAUAGUGAAUCAUAAAGUUUGCCAAAUGAAUAUUUCUCACAGCGCUUUUGUUCGGACAAUUCAAGAGAAAGUGACAAUCGUCUGCAAGAUUGCGAUCUGCUUAUUUAAUUAAGAAAUAACUGUAGAGUACUCGACAUGAUUGGACCCCUCCGUUGGCGAGUUUAACCGACAAGGUGGGCAAGGUGAAUAUCCGGUUGGUUUAACAGAUUUCCAUACAACCAUUGUCACUUCCAUGGUAAAAAUAAACACACCAGCGAAGGAUCUGGCCUUGUACACAAUAAUUUAUUUUCUAGUCCCAUUAUUUCCUUUCAUUAAUUGGAUUCCUCUCUAAUUAAAGAAUCGAAGGACAAAGGAAGAUUGAAAAACAUUUUCAAUCUUCGACGGCACACGUGCAAGAACACCACGUUUGAUUGAAUCACAGUAGCACUCUAAAAUAUACCAUUGUUACAAGGC